GAAGAGUACUGAGAGACCAAUGUGGGUAGGCUUAGGCUCACUGACGUUGCAAAUCGAAGCAACCCAUUUGCCCAAUGGCCGUCAGGUUGAUGUUAGACCCAUCCACACUAUGAGUGCAGACAUCCUCGUCCUUGCCACCCCUGGCACACACGACCACAUUGCAACAUUGGAGGACAAGGCCACUUUAAGGGGCUCUAAUGGCAUGUCAGAGCCAUUGUCUCUCAUCCACACAGUUUCCAUCGAGUUAUCCCGCAAAUACUCAGGUGCUGAUACUCACGAAAUGCCAAUGGCGAUACUCAAAAUGCUUUCAAGCUAUUCAUGGGCGGCAAAAAUGGUGAUAUCUCUAGCAGCCUUUGCCAUAAACCAGGGAGAGUUCUGGCUUAUCGGUCAGCUUUAUGGCACGGACCCCCUUGCCAAGUCAUUAGCUGGCCUUAAGCAAUUGCCUGAGAUCAUCGAGCGUCACAACUCGCAGAAGUCCGGAUUGGAUGCCAUGACCAACCUUAUUAAGGUCAUGGUGGAUGUAACCAAGUCCAUGAUUGACUUUGAGGAGCUCCCGUCUCAGUAUCUGUCACCUGACCAACCACCUUUGUCUAUUGCCAUGGCUUAUUUCCCCACAGCUGUGUACUUGACUAUCCAAAGUAUGAUGGCGUGUGCAACGCAGAUUACAAGCCCUUCAAUUAAAAGUUAUCAGCUCAUGACCACCAAUGCACGGCAACUUUCAGAAUUGGCCCACAGGGUCCAAUUCAUUCAUGAGGACCUCAAGACACAGCUUGCCCUUUGCUAUCAAUACAUAGCUAAGAAGAAGCAUGAUGAAUAUUUUCAAAUGCUCGUACGCCUGUUUGAAAUGUCACACUUUGACAACAUUAAGGUCCUCAAGCCAAUAAUCUACAACAAGGAUGAUCUCCUACCACUCAAAGAUGGCUCCAACAAGCCAAGGGUCAAAGUUAAUGUACUUCAAAGUAGAAACAUCUUGCUGCUCAUAUCGGACCUUGAUCUCUCGCAAGAUGAGAUUCGAGUUCUUGCUCAUAUUUAUGAUUCCCGCAUAAAGCAAAACAUUCAGUAUGAAGUGGUGUGGCUCCCAAUCACGGACAGGUCAAACCCUUUGAACGCUGAGCACCAACAAAAAUUCAAGAAGCUGCAGUCGAUGAUGCCAUGGUACUCGGUGUUUCACCCUUCAUUGGUAGAACCAGCAGUUAUCAAAUUUGUCAAGGAAGUGUGGAAUUUUGAAAAAAAAAUGAUUCUGGUGCCAAUAGAUCCACGAGGCAAAGUUGUGUCCCCAAAUGCACUCCACAUGGUGUGGAUAUGGGGAAAUAUGUCCUACCCUUUCACCAGGGUAAGGGAGGAAGCAUUGUGGAGGAAAGAGGCUUGGAGACUUAAUCUGUUGGUUGAUGGCAUUGAUAGAGACAUAUUGGGUUGGAUUGCCCAAGAGAAAUUCAUUUGCCUAUUUGGAGGAGAGGACAUUGAAUGGAUUCGAAGAUUUACAACCACGGCAAAAGAUGUUGCCAAAGCUGCAGGCAUCGACUUAAAAAUGGUUUAUGUGGGAAAGAGCAGCGCCAAGGAGCGUGUGCAAAGGGUCAGUGACCAGAUCAAAAAAAAUCAAUUCAGUUCCUGGUUGGCCGAUCCCACAUUAGUUUGGUACUUUUGGGCUCGAUUGGAGAGCAUGCUGUACUCAAAGGUGCAAUAUCAUGAGAAUUUUGCAAAUGAUGAGAUAGUGCGUGAGGUAGUGACACUCGUUGGCUAUGACGGAAGUGAUCAAGGAUGGGCUGUGAUCAGCAGAGGAACAGCUGAGAUAACCAAGGCCAAAGGUGACACAUUUUUGACAACCUUAACAAAAUUUAAGGAAUGGGAGGACAGUGCAAAGCAAUAUGGUUUUGUGCAAGCACUCCGGGAUUACUUUCAACGUCUUCACACCCCACAGCAUUGCAACCGCCUUGUCCUUCCAGGUAUCGAUGGUGGCAUCUCAGAGAUGAUGGUAUGUUCGGACUGUGGCCGUCCAAUGGAGAAGUACUACUUGUAUCGCUGUUGCAUCGAUUGAGAGAUUUCUCCAUGACUGUUCGUCGAAUAAAUUUUUUAAGGCUCGAGUGCUUACACUCAUUGCUGUGGAGUCUCAAGACUACUAG